CUUGUGGUAAUCGCUGUAGUCUACUAGAAUAAAGCAGCCAUUUGAUUGGCCAAGCCGUCGAAAUCGUCAUUACUGUAUGUCCAAUGAUUUAUCUGACGUCUCUACGCUCCAGAUGCCCUAGACGAGUUCGUGACGUAAUACAGCUAUUCCCAUCUCUUUAUCCUCGUCCCCCGUGGGCUGUUCCGGAUGUAACGCUUCCCUCCCGCCUAAUCCUCUUAUCGACAAGCAGGCGGCCAAGAUGGAUGUUGUGAACCAGUUGGUGGCCACCGGGCAGUUCACCAUAAUCAAACAGCCUUUAGGAUUUAUGAAAAUCCUACAAUGGAUCUUUGCCAUCUUUGCUUUCUCGACAUGUGGCAGCUACUCUGGCAUGUUCAAGAUGAGUGUGGAGUGUAAAAACCGGUCAGAGAGUGACCUGGACAUUGAGGUGGAGUUUGAGUAUCCAUUCAGGCUACAUCAGGUGUACUUCGAUGCCCCAACCUGUAAGGGGGGAAACCCUGAGCGUCUGUUCCUGAUCGGAGACUACUCCUCCUCAGCUGGGUUCUUUGUCACCGUCGGGGUCUUCUCCUUCCUCUACUCCAUGGCAGCCCUGUCUGUGUACGUUUUCAUUCUGGAGAAAUACCGUGAAGGCUGCAAGGGAGCCCAGAUUGACUUCGUUGUGACCUGUGUGUUCACCUUCUUCUGGCUGGUGGCUUCUUCUGCCUGGGCUAAGGGUCUGUCGGAUGUGAAGGCAUCCACCGACCCAGACAAGGUCCUCUUACUGAUCGAGGCCUGCGACGAACCGGAGAACCGCUGUCGUGAAGUCCAUGACCCUGUCGUCUCUGGUCUCAACACAUCUGUGGCAUUUGGCUUCCUGAACCUGAUCCUGUGGGGAGGGAACCUGUGGUUCGUGUUCAAGGAGACUGGCUGGCUGGCAGCUUUCGGAGGCACAUACGCACCUUCCCAGGAGAAAGCGCCAGCCCCAGAGUCCUUCGGCCAGGACGGCUAUGGGCAGGAGGGCUAUGCACAGCAGGGGGAUGCAUAUACCGGCACCCAGGGAGGCUACCAGCCCGACUAUGGCCAGGGCGGAUACACCGAGGGAGGUGGAGACUAUCAGCAGGGGGGAUACGAACAGCAGCCCACCUCCUACGCCAAUCAGAUGUGAGCUGGUCCACCCUAUGGCAGCUGGAAGCUGGGGCCACCGUGUGAUUUAGGAGUGUGGUGCCUGACCACCACCCACAAUUCCACACUCCUCUGUUUGUCUGUUUGUGCAUCUGUGAGUUGACAAGAGGAGGGAGGGAGGCAGGGAGCGAGGAAGGUGGGCUCUUGGGAGGGGAAGUUAGCAACACCGUGUCCCUUGGGAGAGGGUUAUUUUGUUGAGGGGAAAAUGGAUCCUUACUGUAACAUGCUGUUUAUUCUCGUGAUGUAUUUAACUGUAGAAGACAACAGGGGAUUGACAGUUUGAUCACACAAGGACAAACUUGAAUACAAAACCAAAACAUGAACUUCAAUCUUCUAAAGGAAUAACACUUAAAUUAAAUGAAGGACAAUAAUGGUAGUAAUGUUUAACGUGGGACAAUGUAUUUGUCUGUGCUAUGUAAAUAUCAACAUAUUCAUAUAGAAAUAUAUGUACACAGUUGAAUAAUUGUGCCCUCCAUAUUAGUUGUUAUACAACAAAUGUAGAGAACAGAGUUAUUCAGUUGUAUUUACCUUAGUUCUGUUUAGGAGCUCACAUAGUUCAACCCUCGUCGUUUUUUUAUAUUUAUGUUUUGUGUUUAUUUUAUUUCUCCAUGUGUGUUUCUUUACAUUUUCAGUUUAUUCAGUUUCAGAAUAGAGUUAUAUAUUUUCUCAUUGUGCUUUUUUAUUUGUUCAACAUUACUGAGUGAGUUUAACGGGAUAGAGAAGAUGUGAUGGCAAAGGAUGAAGACUGUCAGCAUGUGUAAAAGAGGCGAAGUCAGGUGCAGGAGAGUAGCGUGAUGUAAACAGGCGCACUUUAUUAAAGUUCCAAAACGAGAGCACAACAUAAAUCAAAUGCGCUCAAAAACACGGAACAUGACAAAAGUAAAGCGCAUAAAAAGACACCACAGCAACAUGAAACAAUUACACACAAAACAUGAUGGUUAACAGAGGGUUAAAUACAAGUAGCUUAAUUGGGGAAAUGAAAAACAGGUGUGUAUGGAAACAAGACAAGACAAAUGGAUAAUAGAAAAAUGGAGCGGCGAUGGCUAGAAAGCCAGUGACGUCGAUCUCUGAACGCCGCCCGAACAAGAAGAGGAGCCGACUUCAGCGGAAGUCGUGACAAAAAAGAAAGCAAAAGGUAUGACGAAUUCAGAGAGAGUAGAGAAGAAAGAGAGGUGUUAGCAGUGAUUUAUGUAUUCAUUGUCUUUUAUAUUUUUCCACUGAAACAUUACUCAAGGAUUUAGCUGUGUUUGUUCCAGAGAAUCUCUUAAAAGCUGAAAUGCAAAAAGGAGAAAAUGCAUCUAGGAUAAUGAAAAAGUAGUUUGCAUGGUAAGAAUUGGUAUUCUGCUAAUACUAUGUUGUUCCUAAAAACUGCUGUAUGUACUAUGCUAUCAACACUCUUUUUUUAAAGAUGAUUUGAGGUUGUGAAGUCAACUGAUGUUAAAGGGAUCAUUAUUUUUAAUGUAGUUUAGAACUUUGCGCAGAACCUUGUCAUGUUUCGAUGGACUAUUUAUCUAGUCUAGAGAUGAGUCAUAACACAGAGUUAGUAAUCAUGUUUAUUCACAAUUUAUUUUGGUCAUCUGAUCAAAACGCAUCCAUAUAUUUACAUAGAACUAAAUCAGUAUGGCACAAUAUGUGUCAUUUUCAAGACCAUAUACAAGCCAUAGAAAAUAAGUAUUUUUUACAUAUUAAUAUAGCCAACUGAGUUGUCCUGAACUGUAUCUUGUUUCCAUGUAAAUAAAAUAACCUGCAUCCCCGGGGGGUGCAAGUGGCAAACAAGUGUUACAGGAAUAGUAUGUUUGGCUCAUUAUAAGGUCACAGCACAGUGCAGCUCUGCUAUAUUUUACACAAAGUACAGGGACUGCACAUGUUGCAAUGGUCACUCUUUUCAAGGUCAUGUAGAUAGGCUUACCUGCCAUACUGCCAAUCCUCUCUUUGGAUAGAAGAAAAACUGUAUUGCCAAAUGGAAACAGGACAGGGGUGUCUUGAUCGAUAGAUUUUGCUUCCACAGUUAUCACAAUUAAAUUGUUUUUCAUCCAUGUUAUUCCAUUAUGCAGUUUUGGAUCCAUACAUUUUUUAUCCGUUUUUUUUUUUUACCAGUCGGUGUGGAGGCACCUCACUUUCUCUCCCUUCUGUGUUUUUCUCUAUAUCGUUCCAUCUCUCUCUUUCUUUUUCUCUCUCUCUUGUAGGUCUUAUAAAUAUGCUCAAUGAAAUAUGUAUAGUCUGUCGUUAGUGGUGAAUGAUGUCUUGUGAUACACUCUACGCCUUUGGAUAGUUGUGUUUAUUGUUUAUGAUGUAUUCUUAUUACUAUUUAUGCUAAUGACUAUUACAAUUCAGAGAAAAAUAUCCAAGAUUCUCCAGAAUUCUAUUGUAUUCUUAUUUUAUGGAAUCCCUGUGAAACAAAAUCAAAUAAACUUGAAAUUAUUCUGUUGAA